GUCUUGCGAGAAUUUGCGUUCUUCACGAGAAUUUCGGAUGAUGAUUUGGACAAGGAGCGGAAGGUUGUGAUGGAGGAAUGGCGCGAAAGUCGGAGUGCUCAGGGGCGAUUAAGUGAACGUUACAUCCAGGCGCUCUGCGGUGACGGUUGCAGAUACUGUGAGCGACUUCCAAUCGGGAAAGAAGAAGUUAUCCGCUCCGUGUCCUCACAGACGCUCAGAAGCUUCUAUCAAAAGUUUUACCAUCCUGCGCGCAUGGCUGUCGUUGCCGUGGGUGACUUCGAUGCAAAAAUUGUGGAACAGCAAAUCAAGGACCUCUUCGAGAUUUCCCCUGAGGACAUCUCACCUUUACCUCGCUGUCCGGUGACUGCAGCACCGGAGCGUCCAAGGUACAGCGUGCCCAGCUCUGAGGGUGUGCGCGUGGCCAGCAGCACAGAUCCGGAACUGAGUUUUGCAACGAGCAUGAUUGACUGCAAGCGACCGCGAAUGCCGGUUCGCUACGUCCGCGAUGUCCGCCGCCGGAUGACAGAAGAUCUCUUCCAUCGCGCCUUCAGUGCGCGGCUUCUCCGGCUAACUUUGCAAGGCCCUCCAGAAGGAGGGGCACGAGACUUAUUCUCUGCAGGGACGGAUACCUCCGAGCCUUUGCCAACUUUGAGUCCGCUAAGUGCGAGCCUGGCCCCAGUACCUGGCCGAGUACGGUGUGCCCUAAAAAGUCUUCUGAGGGAGCUCGAACGCGUUCGCCGAUUUGGCCUUCAUGGUGCCGAGGUUCUUCGAGCAAAGCGGUCCAUGCUUGCAGAAUUUGAGGAGGAAUGCAUCGAGUGCGAGCAGCGGCCCUCCGAUGGUUUUGCCGAGAGCCUGACGGCUCUCUUCUUGGACGAGGACCACGCUCCGGGUGUGCUGGACCGUGCUCGCAUGGCCGCGGUGCUCAUCCCAUGCAUCUCUGAAGACGAGGUGUCAAACGUCGCUAAGCUCUACGAUUUCGACCGCGAUGUGGUGGUCAAGAUUGCCACGCCUUUGAUGUCUUUGCGCACUCCGGCAUAUACUGCAUGGAGCUGGCUCCAGGCUUGCCGUCAGCUUCAGUUACCACGGCCCUCCCUUGAUUUACCCAGCGAGGAGGACGUGGCCGAGAUCCUGCGAAGCGUGGCCACGGAGCACUUGGAGGCCUGGCCCGCGGACGAAGACGACGUUGUGCUCUGGCAUUUUCCUGAAUGCGUGAAGGGCCGGGCAGAUUCGCGUUUGAAGCUGCUCUUUGAUGCAACUGCUUCAGAGCGCUUGCGCAAGACAUCCCAGUCAUGCGAGAUCAGGCGGCGCGAGGUCCACACCCGCGGCGUACCAACGCCCAGCCGGGCAGGGGCAACAGCAGAAGAAACCACGGAAUCCAACAGUUUCGGAGAGGAGCUCAUUCUUCAGAAUGGCUUCCGCGUUUUUGUCAAGGAGACAGACUUGUUUGAAGACGAAAUCCUGUUCAAGGGCCGACGCUGGGGAGGCCUCUCGGAGUUUCAGGAGAGCGGCAUGUUCAGCGGAGGCAUCAGCUGCGAGGCACAGGUGAACUCUAUGUGUGCGAUGAUGCUGGGCAUUUGCGGGUUGCCAGCAGAAUCGAUGCAGGAGUGCCUCGAGGGCCGACGUGUGGACCCGAGCCCGCCGAGCAUGGAGGCGUACACAACCUCGCUCGAUGCCUCCUCCUCACCGGCGGACUUCGAGGUGCUGUUGAUGUUGCUCGCUCUGCUCUUCCUGAAGCCAGUGCCAGGAACCGGCCCCGCGGGCAGGCUCUCCUUGGUCAAGCUGGGGCUCCUGGCACAGCGCCUGGCCGAAGACCGCGAUCCACAGAGCAAAUUCCAUCGGCGCGUGCAAAGCGCAAUUACGAAGAACCAUCCGUACACUUGGCAGCCUAGCUUGUGGCGAAUACUGCGUUUGAACUUUCGGAUUGCGGCCCAGAUCUUCAACGAGCGCGCGUCGAUGCCCCGAGAGUGGACCCUUGUCUUGAUGGGGCGCCUGCCUCCACGAGAAGAACUGCUAUCCUUGUUGGAGACCUACUUGGGUAGCAUCCCAAAUGGGGAGUUGGGUGCCAGCAGCCAGCGCCCGGAAGAUUUGGAGAUGCGGCAAGCGGUGACACCUCUCGAAAUCGAGUUUCCUGAGACCUCCGUGCGCGAAGAUGUGCGUCUGAACAUGGUGGAGCCCAAGGGCAGCACCGUGCUGUGCUUUCCAUUGCACAUGGCUUCUGUGGCCUCAGCAGCCUCGUCAGAGGCCUGUGCAGGAGAGCUGCGGGAGUUGAUGCAGCUACAGCUGUUGGUGCGGCUCUUGGAAACACGCCUUGUGGAGGUGCUGCGUUUCCAGCGGGGCCAGGUUUAUAGUGUCUCCGUCGGAACGGAUCUGUCACUGGCACCGCCGCUCAUGGGCCGCGCGCGGCGAGGCACUCUGAGUAUCAGUUUCGAGUGCGACCCAGCGGAGUCUGACGAACUCGUUGCAGCAACACGAUUAGAGCUGGAACGUUUACAAGAUGGCUCUGCCACUUUCACAGAGGCCAACGUUGCAGCAGCGCUGGAGCAGGACCGCCGGGAGUUUGAAGAGCUAAUCCACACCAACGGUUGGUGGGCUGGCACAGUGCUAGACCUCUACUUCUCCCGAAGUUAUGUUGCAGAGAAGGAGAUCGGUCAGACCAUGUCUCUGUGGUGGACAGCGCGGCAGGAAGUGCUGCGAUCCUUCGAUGUAUCCAAGGCUUCAGAGAAGCUGCGCGGCCUGUUUCCCACGGCUCGGAGCGUCACAGUGGCCAUGCGGCCCCAGGGCCAGGCGCCGCAAGCGCCGCAGGCGCGCGCUUGUUGA